AUGACCGUCCCCAAGCUCACCUUCUACAACAGCAUUGCCUGCCCCUACGCCAACCGUGUCCAGAUCGCCCUCCACGAGACCCAGCAAGAACACGAGCUCGUCGACAUUGAUCUCAAGAUCCCUCGCCCCGAGUACUACCUCAAGGAAGUCAAUCCCUAUGGCGAGGUCCCUGCCCUCAAGACUGCCGAUGGCAAUAUCAUUCUCGAGUCGCUCGUCAUUGCCGAGUAUAUUGCGGACAGUAAUCUUGAUGCCAUCCUUUUGUCAAAGGACCCUCUCCAGCGCGCCCAAUCGCGCUACCUGAUCCAACACUGGACGAGCCGCACCCAACCCGCCAUUGCAAAAGCAAGCUUGGCCCUUGACUCGCCCGCCGAAGAAGCAAAAGCCCUCGACCUCGCAGAAGCCGAACUCGAAAAGAUCGAUGCCCUCCUGCGCAAGGUCAACAUCACCAAGGAGGGACCCUACUUCUUGGGCGCCCAAUUCUCAUAUGCAGAUUUGGCACUCGCCCCCUUUCUUGCCCGUGGGUACCUGUUGACGGCUUUCCAUGAAGAGUCGGUCCAGAAGGCCUGGGAUGAGCGUCUGAAGGCCAACAAGAAUGUCCAGCGGUUCUUGACUUGGCGCCAGGCUGUGGUCGAGAGACCUAGUGUCCUGAAGUCGACUCCUUCCAAGGAGGUUGUGCUGGAUGCUUACAGCACUAAGUUCCUCAAGAACAGACUCUAA